GUCAAAUUAUCAGUUGUUACGUCAUAGUCACAUUCAAGAUCGUAAUUCAUUCUAAAUUUAAUUUCAGAUUCGCUACUUGUUUCCUUAGAAUACUCUUUUUCACUUAAUAUAAUUCUGAUUCAAUAUACAAAAUGAGUGCCUGGAGACAAGCUGGACUCAAUUACAUAAACUACUCCAAUAUCGCCGCAAAGGUUUUGCGUAAAUCACUAAAACCGCAAAUACGUACAGAAGCCCUACGAAGAGAUGAAUCGCACGUCCGUAUAACUCCGUGGGCAAAUGGCAGACCAGCUAAUGAAAAGGAAUAAAUUAUAUAAUUUACAGACUACUACACCUAAAUAAAGGAGAAACUUCUUGUGAACAUGCAUGAUCAUCAAGAGUAAUCUAUAUGUAAUAGAUUUAAUUAAUUAAAACUAUGUAAAAUCUGGAAA